AUGUUAGAUCAGUAUAGGGCUUUGGUAUCCCCGACCUCGGACGUACUCCAAGUUCUUGCUGGUCCUGGAACUGGAAAAACUCGGGUCAUUACUGCUCGGGUCGCCUAUCUACUAUGUGUGGAACAUCUAGCACCAGAGGAUAUCAUUGUGACCACAUUCACCAAGAAAGCAGCCAAUGAAAUGAAACGAAGAUUGAAUGAGAUGUUGGUGGAUUAUUCUCCCAAAAUUCAGUUGAAUAACUUAUUCAUCGGUACGUUCCACUCUAUCUGCGUGAGGAUUCUCCGUGUGUUUGGUAGCAAGAUUGAAUUGGACUCCCGAUUUAAGAUCGCUGACGAAACAGACUCCAAGCAGCUAAUUAAACGGGUUUUACAAGACAAAUACAGUGAUGCUCCUGGUGCCAGUACUACUCUCGUUGUCAAAGUCACGGAUAAAGACAUCAACGAGUACAAAUAUUUCAUUUCUGCCUGCAAAUCCAAAGCUCUUUUUCCGGAUGAGGUACCAUUGGAUCUGACUGAUAAAGCUUUUGAAGAUCACAUUUACACAUACAAGAAGUAUCAGCACUCUUUACGGACGAAUAACUUGAUUGAUUUUGAUGAUUGCUUGUUACUGGCUUAUAAGCUAUUGAAAAAGUACCCUACAUGCCUGCACGAUAUAAAGCACGUAUUAGUAGACGAAUUUCAAGAUACGAAUCUGGUCCAAUUGGAAUUGAUGUACCUAUUUGGACUGAAUAGUCAUAAUCGGGUAACAGUAGUGGGAGAUCCAGACCAGAGUAUCUAUGGAUUCCGUCAUGCCGAGGCAAACAACUUUUAUCGAAUGGAGAACUAUUACGUUGAAAGGGGUGCCAAGGUUAUGAAAGUGCAGUUGGAUGAAAACUAUAGAUCAACAUCCAAUAUUCUCAGUUUUGCAGAAACGGUCAUUGAUUCUAAGCAGAAGUCCAAAAGGGAGCCCAAAAAGUUGAAAUCGAAUACCAAGAAGGAGAAUCUUCCAGUAUAUUUCGAUGCAUAUGUUAAUAAUAAGGAGGAGGCUCGAAGAAUCGCCGAAGAUGUUCGGACUUUAGAUUACAAGUACUCAGAUAUAGCCAUUCUUAUUCGAUCUGCCUUUCUAUCGCGUAUGAUUGAACAGGAGCUUAUCCAUGCUAAUAUCCCUUACAUAAUUGUUCAUGGAAGAUCGUUUUGGGAGCUAAGAGAGGUUAAAUUGAUGGUCGAUUACCUCCGGGCCAUUGCAUCCAAUGUCGACUGGCUCGGAUAUAGUCGUUCUAUGGAGUUUGUCAUAACAGGGUUGGGUACCAAAUCCUUGCAGAGCAUUGAAAAUGAUUUUGAAAGUCGAAGAGGAAAGGGUCACGCGGGUAAUGUGUAUAAAAUCAUUAAAUCCAUUGUUAAGGAAGAUAGAAAAGGAUUUUCAACGAAAGCAAGAGAAGGUCUGAGGAAGUAUGUGAAAACAAUCCAUAAGGCUCGGCAUAUAUUGAAGAAUGAAUCCAAAGAGAUGCCAAAAAGGUUAAACAAAAUGUUUGACCUGGUUGUUGAGCAAUCCAACUUGAUCGAAUUAGUGUGUUCCAAGAAAUCCAAAGCUAAAUCUGAGGAAGAGGCUAGAAAUGAUAUUACGGAGAAUCUUAAUGAGUUGAAGAAUCAACUUAUAACGUUCGCUCCAGCAGAACAAGUUUUACCUGAAGAUACUGAUAAAGAAUCGGAAAGACUAUCAGAAGAAUCAAAAGACUCGUCAGAUAUUUUGACCCAAUUCUUGGACUCUAUUUAUUUGUAUGAGCAAACCCAUUAUAAGCAGAGCAAAGAGAAUGAUAACUCUGAGGGAAAAGUCACCAUUACUACAAUUCAUGGUGCCAAAGGAUUAGAAUGGCCUGUCGUUUUCAUUCCCGGAUUAGCUGAUGGUAUAUUUCCAUCUAAAUACGUGCUCAACGAGCCAAAUUCAAAAAAGCGAAACGCCACUAUGGAUGAAGAGUGUCGAUGUCUCUAUGUAGCUACUACUAGGGCUAAGGAGAGGCUUUACUUGAGUUAUUUUGUUGAGGCGGAGAGUUUUUGGCAAGAUACGGAGAAGAGAACUGUAUCCAGCUUGAUUAAGGGCCGCCCAAUGAAACUUGUCGAAAAAAGAAAGCAUUCGAAUUACGGUAGAGCGGUUGGCUUUGCCAGUGCCAAUAAGAAGGCUGCUGAUUUUGAGAAGUUCAAGUCGAGAAAUGCUCGGAUGGUUGUUCAAGCUUACAAGGAGUUUAGCCAUAUACCUACUGCAGUGCCAGUUGUUUUCACGACGGCUAAGAAGAGAAUAUCGAGAAUUACUGGUUUGAACCCUGUGACAGGAGCUCCAUUGAAUAAGAAGGUGAAAAGGAAGCGGUUAGGUAUGGGUCGUCCCAUGAAGCCGUAUCCAUUAGGGAAAUAA